AUGAAACUCGCCAUUUCCCUUCUAGCAGCGGUCUUUGCUGCAGUUGCUGCGGGUGAAGAUUAUGUCUGCAACACGAGCGAUGCUAGCCCCUACCUACACAACGUCAACGAGAUGAUUGGCAAUCUCAAUGAUGCGGAAAUAGGUGUGCUCAUCUGCAACCCUGGGCCGGUGAAUGGCUGUGGACAAACCUGGACGGGAUACUCUGGAAGCGGAGGCGCGGCAUUCAUGAUAUGUGGCGGCUCAAUGCGGUGCUCUGGUUCCCCUGGUGGUAUUCCCUGUUCUGUAGGUGCCUGUGGUGGUAUGAGGGUCCGAGGAUUAGCAAGUUAUCUCGAGGCACUUCGCGAUAAAUGCCAGGGCCCAGACUCUAACGGGGAUAUCCGAGUUGGCGGGAUUGUCCGUCUUGUGGAUGCUGAUGGAAGUGGUGGAGACGGUGAGAUCAAGCUCUUCUCGAAGCCUGGUUAA